ACAAUGCAUUGCUUCACUUUACAUAAAAUUUAAGUGUUAAUUUAUUGUAUGAAAUCAAAUGUGAUAUAGCCCCCUCUAUCUCUUUAAUCCAUUCCUCUCCCCAUAAAUAAACAAUUACACUGAUUUGCAUGUAUGUAGAUAGUGAUUUAUAAAACAUAUAUUAUAUAUAUAAAGUAUUAUGUAAAUUAAUUUUGUUAACAAAUUUCCUAAUGACAUGCUACCAUCUCACUUGGCCAGUGAGGGUAAAUAUUUAGUUCAAGAGCAAGGAAUCAAAGAAGAAGUAGAGUUUAGAUGGAGACCCAGAACUGACUCUAAAUUCUGAACCCAGAUGUUUAACCACAAAGUCAUAUUGUACAUCCAACAUUUAAUCACUACAAAAUUGGUGAAAUGCCUGAGGAACAUAUAGCCUAUUCAGUUUCCUAGAUACUAUGCAAUUUACCACCAAUUUCUGGAUGACAUGACUUACUACCCAUCCUUCCCACAUGUUUGUGUGCAUGAAUUGUACAUUGGCCUAAUUGGAGGAGUAGUUUUAUUUAAAAAGAAAAAAAAAUCGUGAAAUUUGUUAUUUUAUUUAUCCUAAGACUAUGGAAACACUGUUCCUAUUAUUAACAAUGGUCUCUUUAUGAAGUCCCAUGGUUUGAAUUUUUCUCUGGUUUCUAUAGGAAGAAUAGUUUUACAUCUGAUGAAUAAUGUUGUUUGUUUUGUUAAUUUUAAAGGACAGUAUAUACCAAUUCUCUCUCAUCUUAUUAACUGCUAGAAAGCUUAAGCCAGAUCUGGAGUUCAGUUCUUUUAUAAAUGGGACUUGUUACAUUUGGUUUACAAAUUGAUCUCAUUCUUGUCUUAUUCUCUGUGCCUGAUACUCUCCAUGCUCUCACUUGUAAAUUUUUUCAUUUUUGUAUUUUCAGUAUUUCCUGAAAGCAUUUUGGAACACAGGAUAUUGGAUGCAUUCAGCUAACACUCCAUACAAUGUAGAGCUGAGUUUUAGUGCUCCCAGUUGCAGUAUUGCAUGGUGGUAAUGGACAUGGCUCCACAGCCAGACCAUUUGUGUUUAAAACCUCUGCCACUUCCAGUAAUGCUAAUUUGGACAAGUUACUUAACCUCCCUGCGACUGAGUUUUCUGAAUUAUAAAAAGAAGAUUAUAAUAGUGUGGGCCUCACUUAUAGUGCUGUGUCUAAAUUAUACUGAUCAACACCCUAAUGACUGGUACAUCUGGUUCCUACUGCUGAUUUUCUUGGUGUCUCUUCUCUGUGGAGUGGUGCUUUUCUGUCUCCAGUGCUGGCUGAAGAGAUCCCGAAUGGAUUCCCCAAGACGCACCAUGGCUGUUUUUGCUGUUGGAGAUUUGGAUUCCAUUUGUGGGACUGAAGCAGCUGUGAGUCCAACUCUUGGAAUUCACCUUCAAACUCAAAACCUUGAACAGUACCCUGUUCCAUGUUUUGACACACUAGGUCCUCCACCCCCAUAUGAAGAAACUCCAAAAACACAAGGUUGUUUUUAGAUUUGGAUCAUCAACUGAAAGUAUAAUUCCAAAAUAUUAAAUUUAAGAAUAAUUCUUUCAUUUACUAAGAAUUCCUAGAGACAUAAUGAUAUAAUCUGAAAAUGUGCAAGUAGUAGAGAAAAUGAAUGUAGGGAAAAAAUUUAGUCAUGGAGAUGUUUUAGUAAUGAAUUAGUGAACUUUUCAUAUAUUACUCUGUUAUACUUUUUAUGCUACACAACCAGUAUAAUAGUUCUUCAUUAGUUUUCAAGUGGGCAGGAACCAAGUGCUAGGAAUCACCUCCAUCCAGUUUAGGAUUCUACUGUAUUGUUACUCAUAUUUGUCUCUUCCUCAUUAUUUCCAUCUUAAUCAGACCUCUCCUCUACUAUAGAGUCAAUAAAAUUAUAAUACUUUAACAAUGGCCUAAGUAGAGAUUCAGACAUGUCCAUUCCUAGAACCAGAAAGAGAAUAUUCAAGUUAGUAUGAGGAAAGAGGAAAGAAUAGUAAGGAAAAAAUAAGCUUGGAGUUGAAGGAGGAGCUUAAAUGAAGAAGAAGAGGAAAAGAUUACAGGUCUCAGUCCAAGAGCUCUUAUUCCUCAGCCUGAGGAGGGAGAAAGUGUAGACAGAAGCAGAUGGAUAUUGCUUAAGGAAAAGCACAUGUGUAAUGCCAAUGAGGAGAGUAAGGAGAAGGCCGCCAUUUUACUUGUGUGAAUAUGUACUUCAGAGACCACAGUCUUUCUCUGCCUUCAAGGCUUGGCUUUGCUUGAAGCUCCAUAAUAAACUUUCGCAUCGAUAUCAUUAUUCUCAUUGAGGACUCUGACUGCAGAAGUAGUAAUGAGACCUUUUCAAGUGGCACAUCAACAAUGACCACCAGCAGGGGCCAGGGUAGGAAAAAAAAGCAAAAACGAAAAACAUAGCAGAUAUCCUAUGGUAGUCAGCUGACAAAUUUUUUAUACCAAACAAUUGACAUACUCUUUGAGCCAGCUUUUUCACUGUUCUAACUAAAAGACCUUUCCAGAACAAUUUUAGAGGAGAAAAAGUUUAUUUUGGGGGCUCACAAUUUCAGACGUCUCAGUCCAAUGACAACUGGCUUCAUUCCUUGGGUCUCAAGAUGAGGCAGAACAUCACAGAGAAGAGUGUAGCAGAAGGAGGUGGCAUGAUUAUCAGGAGGCAGAGAGAGACUCCACUCUUCAGAUAAAAAUAUAUACCCGAAGGCAUACCCCCACUGCCUGCCUUCUCUAGCCACAUCCUACCCACCUUCAGUCACCACUCAAGUUAAUCCCAUCAGGAUUAAUUCACUGAUUGGGUUAAGACUCUCAUAACCCAAUCAUUUCUCCUCUAAAACUUCUGGCAUUGUCUCACACAUGAUCUUGUGGGGGCACAACUCACAUCUAAAUGGCAACACAUACCUGACUGGUUAUCAAUAGAUAAUCUCAGACUGAACUAAACUUAACUCCAGUCCUCUUUUCCCAAACCUAUUUUAUCAAAACUUUAUCCAUCUCAGUUAAUGGUAGCUGCAAACUUCCUGUUGCUCAGGAUAAAGGAUUUGAAGUCAUCCUUGAGUUUUUAUGUUACUUUCUACAUCCAUUUUGUCAGGAAACCUUGUUGACUCUACUUUCAAAGUAUUUGUAGACUCAAAGAUUUCCUACAGGGGAGGGGAGGGGAGGGGGGAUAGUAGAGGAUAGGAAAGGCAGCAGAAUACAACAGACACUAGUAUGGCAAUAUGUAAAUCAAUGGAUGUGUAACUGAUGUGAUUCUGCAAUCUGUAUACGGGGUAAAAAUGGGAGUUCAUAACCCACUUGAAUCAAAGUGUGAAAUAUGAUAUAUCAAGAACUAUGUAAUGUUUUGAACAACCAACAAUAAAAAAAUUUAAAAAAAAAAGAUUUCCUACCUAGCA